UUCUUCUGUUUGCUGGUUGCUAACGAGAAGAUGUUGCGCGUUAUUAUUGACUGAACGGAAUAUUUACAGCAUGCAGUGAAAACCAAGGACAGUGGUCGAACUAUCUUCUUUCCCUAGUUGGUAUUUUGGAUGAGGAACAUUGCGUCGGCGAAGGUUUAUUGGCUAACACAGGGCUUGUAUCGCUUCGUUGUGAACGUUUAUUUUUCAUUACAUCAUGAUGGGGAGAAAGAUGAGGGCUGUUUUACUGAGGUUUCAGUGUAUCAGUUUUAUACCGUAUUUCUAACGCAGUUUUCCUGCGUGAUGUACGUCUUCACCUGCUGUGUUCUUGCUAGUUAGUCAGCUAGCUAACCUAACCUGUUCCUUUGGAGACAUCACUAGUCCAUCGCAUUACGUUCAGAUUUAUUGUACGCUCGCCAUCUCCGUCUCCGUCUUGAGAGCUUGGUAGAUAGUCUUGAACUGGAGUUGGAGUUAUCAGCAGAAAUCGAAACAACGGGACGGUAAGCUUGAUGCACACCACUCGUAGCCCCUCGUCCGUCCAGGUGGGCUCUGCAGGGGAUGCCCUGGACCUUAGCCUGUCUGGCUCCCAGCUCUCUGUGACCCGCCGGCCCAGCAGCGCCUCUCCAGGCAAACACUUCACCCGCUCAGUCUCCGUGACGGUGGCCAGCGAGGGCCGGGGCAAACGCAACACACUGAGUGACGUUGGGUUUGGAAGCUCUCGUUCCAUCAAGAACCUGAGGAGGUCUAACAGCACCACUCAGGUGAACCAGCAGACCAGCAUCAGUCUCAGUGAGGACCAGACGGAGGACUUUCUGGCCCUGUUUGACAGCAGCACAGACGGCCGCAGGAAGCUGGCCAGCCUCAGCAAGGUGUCACCAGACCGCACCACCUGGAACAUCCUGGACGACCAGCCUCGAGCCUUCCCCCUCCCCUCCCCCCUCCCCUCCAGCUCCCGCAGCACCGGCAGCGUAGACUCUCCCACGGGCCUGAAGAAGCGGGAACCCGACCCUGCAGUGCUAGCUGCCAACUUCACAGCCAACAACAGGAGCAACAAAGGAGCUGUUGGGAACUCUGUCACCACCAUCUUACACAACAACUACUCAGACAAACCCCUAACCCCCAAGAGCUCCAACCAGAAGCCCUCCUUCAACAACAUCCUCAAAGCCACGGGAAACGACGAGGGUACCUUGGAGAACGGUUCCGUCACCAAGUCCCAGAAGAACUUCUCGUCCUCGUCGUCCACCUCCAACAACAACGCUGCGGCCCUGGGGGGCAGCCCUGUCACGCCCCGCAGGAGGGAGGUCACCGAGGAGGAGGCCGAGAGGUUCAUCCAGCAGGUGAACCAGGCUGCGGUCUCCAUCCAGCGCUGGUACAGGCGCCAUGCCAGGAGGCAGCAUGCCAGCCAGGCUGCUCUUACACGUGUCCUCACCACCAAGAAAAAGGAGCGGGAACAGAGAGCAGAGGAAGAGCGAUCCCCAGAGGUGCAGAAGAAGAAAGAGGAGGACAGGAAGAAGAUCCGCGAGGAGAAGGCUCGCCUGGCACGCCUCGCAGCCAUACAGGAGCUGCAGCAGAAGAGGGCUCAGCGUGCUGCGGAGGUGCAGCGCUCCGCCCAGGAGGAGCUGGACACACUGAGGCAUGCUGGGAAGGCGGGCCGCAGGAGACCCCCCAGGAGCACCCCCAGCAACCUCAGCCCCAUUUCCCCCGUCGACAUCAAGGCCAAGAACACAGACUCCAACCUGAACGCAGCGUCCGAUCUGGAUGACCUCACAUCCUCCCCUGCUCCGUCCAAUCGCAGAGGUUCUCAGUGCUCCCAGGAGAUCCUGCUGAGGUCUGUGAGUGUGGAGGACCAGCGACAGGGGGCGCCGUCGAGCAGAGCCCAGUCCAAGACCACCCUGAACGACCUGCUGGACACCCUGAAGCUGCUGGAGGAGGAGCCAGAGAGGCUGUCUGAGCCCAAGAGCUUCCUGAAGGACAAGUACUCCUGGAUAGACGGGGAUGGGGACUCCACCACCCUGACCACGGACAACCUGGAGCGGCACGGCCAGCUCAUCCAGGCCCCGGUGCUGCCUGACGGGGGUGUGUUGCUGCCUGACGGGGGUGUGUUGCUGCCUGACGGGGGCUCCCUGCUGUCGGAGGCCAAGCUACAGAGCAUCAUGAGCUUCCUGGAUGAGAUGGAGAAGUCUGAGCAGGAGAGGCCUCGCUCCAUCACCUCAGGCUCCCACAGAGAGGUGCUGCUGUCGGAGGAGGAGCAGGUGGGGGUGGAGCUGGCGGGGGUGGAGCUGGCCUCGGCCACCGCUGCAGAGGUCACAAGCUCCAUGAUGAGACUGAAACUGGAGCUGGACGAGAAGAGACGCACAGUCAACAUGCUGCAGACGGCUCUGGCCCAGCAGAGGGAGCUGACAGUCAGACAUGUGAAGGAGACAGAGAAGGAGCUCCACAGGAGCUUCCAGCAGCAGAAGGAUCAGUACGAGGCCACCAUCCAGAGACACCUGGCCUUCAUCGACCAGUUGAUAGAUGAUAAGAAGGCCCUGAGCGAGAGCUGUGAGGGUGUGGUGACAGAGCUCAAGCAAGUGGAUCAGAAAUACACCAAGAAGAUCGCCCAGAUGCAGGAGCAACACGAAAUGGUGUGGCAAAUUCUGGGUCCCUUGUGCGAGGAGAUCCAGAAGCUGAAGGAGCUGAUGAGAGCCACCGAGCAGGUCCGCCGGGAGAAGUGGAUCGACGAGAAGACCAAGAAGAUUAAAGAGAUCACAGUCAAAGGUCUGGAGCCGGAGAUCCAGAAGCUGAUCUCCAAGCACAAGCAGGAGCUGAAGAAGCUGCGAGUGCUGCACCAGGCGGAGCUUCUGCAGGCGGACGAGAGGGCGGCCCAGCGCUACGUCCAGCAGAGCGAGCUGCUCCGCACACAGCUGGAGAGAGACAGGGACGAGCUGGGCCAGAGAGAGAGGGAGCUGGCCAAGCAGAGGUUUGAGAAGCAGUUACAAGAGGAGGAGAUGUCCCUUCAGCAGCAGAGGCGGCGUCUUUACAAGGAGGUGGCUGAGGAGAAGGAGAGACUCGCCCAGCUGGCCGCCAGGCAACGCGGGGAGCUGGAGGAGCUGCGGAGGCAGCUGGAGGACAACAGCUCGCUGGCCGGCCGCGCCCUGCGGGACGAGCUGGACAAGAGCAGGGAGGAGCAGGAGAGGAGGCACCAGGUAGAGAUGAAGGCAUUGAGAGAACGUCUGGAGAUUGAGAAGCAGACCUGGGAGGAGAACUACAUGAAGAAGGAGGAAGCGUGGCUGCUGAGUCGUGAGAGAGAGCUGAAGGAGGAAGUGCGGCGAGGGCGGGAUAAAGAGAUCGAGCUGGCCAUUCAGAGACUGGAGGAGGAGACCAGCGGGGCCAAGGACGAGUGUGAAAGGGCUGCUGACAACAGGGUGAAGCGCGUGAGGGAGAAGUGCGAGGCGGAGCUGCGGGAGCUGGAGCGCUCCGAGCGGGCGGCGCUGGAGAAGCAGCAGGAGCUGAAGAAGAGGCAGGUGGAGACGGAGACGGAGCUCAUCCACCUGCAGGCCCUCCUCAGGCAGAGGGAGCAGGAGGUGGAGCACAUCAGCCAGGCGAGAGACAAGCUGGCGGAGGAGCGGCGGAGCUUGGCGGAGGUGAUCCGGGAGGAAUUCGCGGAGCGCCUGGUGUCCACGGAGGAGGAGAACCGCCGGGUGAAGAUGGAGGUGUCGGAGGUGCGAGCCAGCCUCCGCCUGGAGGUGGAGAGGGUGACCCGGGAGAAGGAGGAGGAGCUGGCGGAGGUCCACCACCGUGUGAAGUCGGCCAUCUUGAAGAAGGAAGAGACUGUCAGCAGCCUCCGCAAGCAGCAUGAGGCUGCGCUGAAGAGGGCGGACCACCUGGAGGCCUUGUUGGAGCAGCAGAGGAAGCAGCUGCUGGAGAAAUGAGCGGCUUUGGGGGCGGGACUUCCUCCUCUACCAAUGAGCGGCUUUGGGGGCGGGACUUCCUCCUCUACCAAUGAGCGGCUUUGGGGGCGGGACUUCCUCCUCUACUAAUGAGCGGCUGGGGGCGGGACUUCCUCCUCUACCAGCCCUCGCCCCGGCAUCUGCCGCUGUGCUGCUCGGGGAGACGUCUUUCCUCCGUUUGUUUUUGUUUCUUCUAGUAGGGAAUGCAGAGGGGGGGGGGGGGGGGGCAGACAGGGGGGAGGUGCAUUGGGCUACUUUGUCUGCAACACCAUGGACAGACAUUCUACCCACUGCCAGGAGCAACACAUGCAGACCCUCGCUCCUCCUCCCCUCCACCCUACAAACCUGGCACAGGGAGGAACCCCUCCUCUUCAGCUCACGGAGACUGACACCAGAGGAGAGCAGCUCCAGAUGUUGCCCACGCCCUAAUGGGCCUCUGCUGUUCGGCUGUUUUCACAUGCCGGAAGCCAGGGCAGGGGUAGUUUCUCCUCACGAUGCCCUCUCCCUCACACACACACACACACACUCCCCUGAAGAUAGUCAGUCAGGAGUGGGAGAGUUGUCGCUGUGGUACGACGCAGAGCCUCGCUGCUCUUUUGUGUGCCAGUUACAGAUGUCUAUUGUCCCGCUGUUCCCUCUGGGGCUCGUGCUAAUUACAGAGGCUCUGUCUUGCUAGCUACACCCCACCCUCCACCCCCCUCCACCCCUCAGCUGCCCCCCCCACAAGCCCAGCAGAGCUCUGACAGAUCUGCUAAACAUUAACCAAGUUAACUCUACAGAGAGGCCAGUUCACCAACCUUGGUUUAGAUGCCGUUGUAGAGAGAGUGAGCCAGUAAGGAACAAGGAAAGGUGUUUGGAGAAAUGGAAACAGGAGGUUUUUUAAAGGAAUUUAUAGGAGACUAAUUGAAACGAUUUGAAGGUAAAGGAACAUGGGAACCCUGUAGUUGGGCAGUGGGGGUUCAGAGAGCCAAGGAGGUGUGGGUUUCCGAGGGUUCGUUUGAACGUGGGACAGAGAGAAGGGAGAAGAGGAAGGAGGGAUUGAGGAAUGCGCAUAGGAAGUGUUUAGGAUUAGGAAAGUAGAGACUGGGACUUAGUGGGGUAUGGGGGGGGGGCACAAGGCAUGCUGCUGGUGGUGGUUUCAUAUAGCCAGAUCUGGGUUAAAAGCCUUGUGGGCUUCACUAUAGCCUGAGGGAACACUGUGAGCACAAACCACACGCAGCUCUGACAGAGGGGGCCUUGACAGGGCCUUUCAACUGGCAGGCUUGAAACCCCUCGACCCUCACCCUCAGGGGGUGGGGUUCCCAGCCACUUCUCUCUCUCCUCUCCAGACGCACCACUCAGCUCUCUCUAGCUCUCUGUUACUGCAGGGUCAUGUGUUUUUAUUUUUUUAUUUGUUUUCUAAUGCCUGUUUUAACCUCUUAAAAUGGUUUUUAUGUUUAUUAGGUUCCUUUCAGACAUCUUGAUGAGGUGAUGAGGGUGGAGCUGGGGUUGUCUCAGUCAAACUCCUGCCAGACUGUUCAGUAAUGUAACAGAAAAGUUGUGUCAUUCCUGUUGUCCUGCCCCAAGUCAGCCCUUUUCUCUAAACUUUUAAAUGUAAUUUUUUUUUGUAAUUUAUUAACCAGUCUCCCUGGUCUGCUCUCCGUUUAAGUGCUGGGCCAGAAGGAACGAUCCCAGCACAAGUGUUUUUAACCGAAACACCAAGCCAAUUCGAUGAUUAGUUGAACUGCUACUGUUUUAGUUUGGUUCCGCCAUUUCAGGCUUGAGUACAGUAAAUCAGUUUUUUUCCUGAUUUGAUAAACCUAUAGUCAGAACCCCGAAGUGAGGUUCUCUUCGAAGUGUAGUCUAGAGCCGGUUGUGGGUUUUGUUAAAGGAGUUAGCAUUAGCAUAGCUACUGUAGCUGUCUGUGUGCUCUCCAAUAGCAGUGCCUUGUGGUUAGACACCUCCUCAUAUUGAAUGGAGGUAUUCUACUCGACCCACCACAAAUUUCAGUUGCCGGACUGACAAAAUCCAGCCACCCCCCCCUUGGCUCUAAGCUAGUUCUAGAAAGGAAAGCGAUAUUUCCACAGCUUUUGGUGUCGUUCAUGUGUUUCUGUGACUGUGGUUGUGAGGUCCUAGGAGCCUUAGUGUCGAGCCUGCUGUGUUGAGAUGAUGAGAUGACGAGGACAUGGACUCCAGCCGUCCCUCAGACUGUUGGCACAGCAUCCAGGGUCACACGCCUGUUGCCCAGGAGGUUGGUGGCAGCACGGUUGACAUUUCUCGCACAUGCCAGUCCCACGUCCUCCUAUGAGUCCAGGCUUUGUGUGUAUUUGUAUUUUACUGGGGUCAAUCAUCUCUUUCUGUCCCAGGAUGGCCAAGAUUUAACACACACACCACACAGCUUUGUUGUUUUAAUUUCAUUAUGUUUUGAUGUCUUUGUUGAGUCGUUGAGUUUCAUUGUUAUUCAUGGUCAGGGUUUGAACUGUGAAGAAAUGUCGACUGAUCCUGUCUACAGAGAAUAAACAGAAAAAUAUUAUUUAGAAGAACCCUAA